UGGAACUGCGACCCCAAGACAAGUCGCCGCGUUGUAUUCUGGGAACACACAGUAGAUGCAAGAUGGCGGCGAGCAGGAGACUACACAAGGAACUUGAAGAGAUUCGCAAGUCUGGAAUGAAAAACUUCCGGAACAUUCAAGUGGAUGAAUCCAACAUACUGACCUGGCAAGGUCUUAUUGUCCCUGACAACGCUCCUUAUGACAAGGGAGCUUUCAGGAUUGAAUUAAUCUUCCCCGCCGAGUACCCCUUCAAGCCCCCCAAGAUCACGUUCAAGACGAAGAUCUACCACCCCAACAUCGAUGAGAAGGGACAGGUGUGUCUGCCUGUCAUUAGCGCAGAGAACUGGAAACCGGCUACCAAAACUGACCAAGUAAUUCAGUCCCUGAUUGCGUUGGUCAACGACCCCCAGCCAGAGCACCCGCUGAGGGCAGACCUAGCAGAAGAAUACUCAAAGGACCGGAAAAAAUUCUUUAAGAACGCAGAGGAGUUUACAAAGAAACAUGGAGAAAAGAGACCAAUGGACUGAUUACCUGACCAGUGUGUAGCCCUCUCUCUCUCCUCUCCCCAACCGAACGUCUCUCUUCUCCUCCCUUUUCUCUGUACCUUCCCCCUCUCUCCUCCCCAUCUCCCCACACACCCUCUCCUCCAUUUUUCCCCACACACACACAUCAUCCUAGCAGCCCAGGAGCAGCCCUAGCCUCACCUCAGCGUGUGGCUGCAGCCUCACCUCUCCCAUCUACGCAGGACUCUGGAUCAGACCGGUUUCUCCUCCUCCUGGCGAUAGCUCGAGGCCAUUACUAACUUUAUACUAUUUUCUUAAAUUAAAAUAUGAAAAAUGAAAAAGACAAGAAAAAAUAAAUGGUUAGAAUGUCCAUGUUAAAUAUGGAGAACUAAGGAGGGAAAACAAAUAGAAGGAAAUGGAGAAGAAAAAUCUGUUUUUAGUUUUCCUGUUUGUAAAAAAAAAAAAAAAAAAAAAAAUCACUGCUUGAGUAUUGUAGACCUUUCUCCUAACUUCUGGAAGGAGAUCUUUCUGACCGAAGGAAAAGUUGUGGUUAUUCUUUACUUUCUUUGUUCUCUUCUCUAGUCUCAUCUUGUUCUGUCAACCCUAAAUGACAUGUCUUACUAAAAAAAAAAAAAAAAAAAAAAAAAAGACAACCCUUCUCUCAUAGCUUGCUAGGCCCUGGAAGUGUGUGUUGAAAUGUUUUCCCUUUGACUUCUCUGCUUCUGGAGUUGCACUGUAUUCUGUGGAACAAGCCCUCUCUCAGUUGUCCUUCCCCUCAGCUAGAAGCCAGCCCACUGAGCAGACAGACAAAUAAGGGCCACUGAUAAUAGCCUAAUAUUACUUACAAGUGCAAUUGACUGGAGAUGAUCAUCAUUCACACUCCCCUUCAUGAGUCCAAAAUGUUCCUCUUUGCGUUAGAUGUUCUGGGACUUCUUUCUGGUUCGUUUUUUGCUUUAUAGGCAGAAGUGCCAUUCCGCCUAAAAACAUCUCCCUCUGUGUUAUGCGGUUGUAUACCCCGCUCGCUGGUUCUACCGUGUUCCUACCGUGCUGCGUUACUUGGGUUCUAACUUUUCUCCUAUACACAUUUAGAUACCAGUUUGCCGUCUCCAGACAGUGGGAAGUAGAAAUAGUAGUGACACCGUACAGUUUGUUUCCUGUAAAAGGUUCUGCAGGGUCAAUCCAAUGUCUGCAGUGGCCGCACAGCAUUUACUGAGAUACGACCUCUGAAGUACACGUUCCCUGGAUUCAGAGGUCGUAUCUCAGUAAAUGUUGUGCGGCCACUGCAGACAUUAGAUUGACCCUGCAGAGCCUUUUGCAGAGCUGUUGUCAAGGAAGUGAGUUUGUGUUUAUACAGGACCUCCCACCCCCACCUAAUAUCAACCAAUCAUGUCAAUGUGGAGCAAUAAGGAGCCCCCCCCACACACUGUUACAACAUUUUGGGUGGCGCACGGUGAUGUGGUAUGGAUUUGGUCUCUGCGUGCCUCCAGUGGCUCCACAAUUGCGUCACACCCUCCUCCAAACAGCGCCUUCUACCACGUUUUUAGAAUCGAGCAUAAAUUGGCUUCAAGUUUACUCUCCAGUCCGCUCAUGGUCACUCACAAAAUCUGGUACCCCACCUCCUCUCUCUCUCUCUCUCUACAUAAAAAUAAUCUUAGCCCCCGCAAAUCAAAUCUCAUGUCAUCGCGAGAGACUGACAUAAGUAUAUCAAUCAGUGGCCGAUUAAUAUCCACUGGAACAAGGGACUUAGUGAACUGUCCGGCUUGGUCGUGGCAAUACCAGGGGAGUCUAAAGACUGGGUUGAGUCCAAAAUGGCACCCUAUUCCUUACAUAGUGCUAUACUUUUAACCAGAACCUUAUGUGCUCUGGUCAUAAGUAGUGCGCUAUAUAGGGAAUAAGAUGCCAUUUCAAACACAGACUGGGUUAACGCACAGAGACGGUGGUCCUUUAUAACAGGCACCUUUAUAUUGAGCUGGGAGAGGGCUGUCUCUCUAACUGUCUGCCAGUAGGGUGUAAACAGGACAGGGACUGGAGCAGUGUAACAGCUGUGUGAUUCGGUCCAAUGUUUCAUAAUAAAGAUGGCUAACCAUUUGG